CCCUCCGCCUCUCCGCCUCUCCGCCUCUGUGCUAAACGCCGAGGCCAACUUACACACUCAUACACACACCAUCUCAGCUAGGCGAUUUUUUUUCCAGGGCUGUUCGAGAAGAUGGUGGAGGAGCUCUCCCCGAGCCCGUGCUGCUGCUGCUGCUGCUCGCUGGGCUGAGAGUGCGGGCUGUGGGGGUCGGUGUGGCGGAGCUCCGCGGGGGGAGUGCCGCUGGCGGCGGGCGGGCGGAAGAGAAGCAGCGCAGAGCAGCUCAGCGUCGCUCAGCUUUGGCAUGCCGAAAGAGGGAGAGAGAGCGGGCAGAGAAACCCACAGAGGAGCUCCAGCAGCAGAAACCCUGACCGCUCCGCGAUCCGGACCGCCUCACACACGGAUUAUUAACCGCUGACGGGUCUCAUAUUUCACAGUUUCUCCGGCGUCUCCGGACCAAGGCCGUUAUGGAGGAGCCUCGCCGGCUUGGGCUGCUCCUUCUCCGCGUGGCGAUCAGAGCUGCAGCCGCCGCUGCCAAGACGCUUCUCGGCCUGAGACAACUUCACUGUGGGAAACACUAAGAAAACACGGAUUUAACGCUUUACCUCCGGACAUUUCGAGUAUUUUAAAGUUUAAGUGUUAAGGAGGCCAGUCGGGCGUAAACUGAUGGGUAUUAGGGUUUGUUAAGCGAUAGAAACAGAAAUAACUGAGGAUAUUUAAGUUUUUCCUGGCGGUUUCGGGCGAAGCAGAUACGCUUCAGUUUUCAGUUAUUUUGGUUCUCUGUGUGUGAGUAUGUGUGUGUGUGCGAGUGUAUAUGAAGGAGUGUGUGUAUCAGAGUGUGUACGAAUGUGAGAACCAGAUGUGUACAGCCGUGUUGUAGCUACAGGCUAAAGGGAAUGUCACUUUAGCACUUUUUUAGCGCAUUGUUUUUGUGUUGUUUUCGGGCCGCCGUGCCGUGAGUUUUGAACGCGGGGACGCGGAGGGUUGAUAUCCGGAUUGGGAGUUCAGGAAAGGACGGGGCUCCUCCUUGGGAAUAGGCCCGAUAUGCCCCUCUACAGCAAACUCGACACGGGCAUUAGGGGCUAGUGGGCUCUGGUGGCUAGUUCGGACAUAGAAGAGGACAACAAAAACACCGUAAUGUAUUUAAGUAGUCUCGUUUUUUUACUUUAGGGAAUGUUUAAAAAGCUAACUUUAGCUAAAGCAACUUAUAACGUUAUCGUUACUGGCAGUGUGGACGUACUUUGGAGAGUUAGUGAACCGUCAGUUUAUAGUCAGGAGGAGGAAAACAAGUUGUUUUAAACUUAUCAAAAUUUCCUCUCCCUCUAAACUGUCACACUGUGAUAAGACUUCAAGCGAUUAUCCAAAAAAGGAAAGAUACAAGUAGAUUUGGAUAUAAAAGGAACAAACAGAGUUGUAAGGGAAAUCUUUAAAUAUGAUUGUUGAAUGUGUUUUUUGGCUGGAAAGGGAAGGGAAAUUCAUGGCAUCAAGGCACUAAAGAUGAUUAAAAAAAGGGAAUAAAAGUCACUUUUAGGAGUGCCAAACCUCUGGACAGUUGUGCCCUGUUAUUCUACAUUAUGUGGGAUUUAGAUCUGGUGUGUUUGCCUUGAGGGUGAAUCGACAACGAUGUGUUUUCCCGAGAAGGCCGGAGCGGAUGAACGGCGUUCGCAGCCUUGGCAAGAGCAAAAGUACACACAAGUGCCUCAGAGCCUCGGAGCAUAAUGGGAUCUGAGUGCUGACGCAACCCGAGCCUGGAUAAUGAACUGCUCAAGAGUCUGAGACGGUCCAUCACAAGACCCAAGGGCUCAGAGGAGCACGGAAACACGUCUGCUCUUGGGCUAGACUCUGGCCAAGCUCAGAAACUCCACUUUGUUUGCCUUUUUUGCUCCAUCUGCCUUCACUGUUCUAGUUCUUUUUUGAGCAGAGAGCCACUGGGCAACAUGCGGGCAACCUAAUCAGAGCUGAAGCAGAGUUGUCAUGGCAUCUUCACGACAGCAGUGGGAGCGGCCGACCCGGGGCACAGAGGUCAGCUGCGACAGCCAAGGAGGAGGUUUGACUGUACGGGUUGUGGACACCCGCUCUGAACCAGAAAACGGGGGCAAGGCCUCGAGUGAGCCAGAGCUCAUGGGCACACCCAAGCAAUGCAAGUACAGCAUCUCCUCCAGUUGCAGCAGUUCGGGGGAGUCUGGCGUUCGCAGGACGGUGAUGACCAGCCUACGCAGCCAUAGGGCCGUUCCACAGCUAUUCGAGCGUUCGGCAGCCCAGUGCUGGGACCCUAAAUUUGACUCCUCCAUCCUGGAGGAGGCAUGCAGGGAAAGGUGCUUCCCGCAGACACAGAGGCGAUUCCGCUACGUACUCUUCUACCUGUUCACUGCGGCUAUCCUCUGGAGUGUCUACAUUGGGGUCAGCAGCUCCCAGUGCAUGCUUGCAACAUUCUUGCUCCCAACAGCCAGCUUCCUAAUCCUGUGCCUCCUCCUGUUCUUGUUCACCUUCUCGCGGCCUUAUGUGCGACUCUAUAACCAGGCCUCUCUGCUUCUUAUUGUAAUCACAUUUGGAAUAACAUUGGCGCCUCAGACACAGACGGCCAGUUUCUUUCACUACGAGUGGCAGAGGGAUGCCAACAGGACUCACGUUGUGGAGCCUCCAGCUCCAUGUAUCUCACCAGUAGGGACCUUUUCUCUGUGCAUGGAGGUGCUGCUCCUGCUCUACAGCAUGCUCCACCUGCGCCUGUAUGCUUCAGUUUUGCUGGGGAUUCUCUACUCAGUUCUGUUUGAGACUCUUGGUUGGUUCCACCUGACCCAUGUAGGUGGCGAGGAAGAAGCGAACAGCUCUUUAAUGCAGCUGGUGCUGGGCAAAGUCCUUCUCCACCUGUGUGCCCAUGUGAUUGGCAUCCACUUGUUCAUUAUGUCUGAGGUGCGCUCUCGUAGCACUUUCCUGAAGGUGGGCCAGGCAAUCAUGCAUGGUAAGGAUUUGGAAGUGGAGAAAGCUCUCAAGGAGCGCAUGAUCCACUCUGUAAUGCCGCAGGUCGUCGCCGACGAGCUGAUGAAGCAGGGCGAUGAUGAGAGCGAGAAUUCUGGCAAACGCUACAGUGCAACUGGCACCGGACAGGCCUCAGCCUCCACAGGCCCGACCUCGUCCUCCAGCCCUAAGAGCAACAAACGCAAGAAGACAUCUAUCCCACGUGGACAGAUUAUCUUCCGGCCUUUUAAUAUGAAGCGCAUGGAACCUGUCAGCAUCCUGUUUGCCGAUAUUGUGGGCUUCACCAAGAUGAGUGCCAACAAGUCAGCUCACGCACUGGUGGGGCUCCUUAAUGAUCUGUUUGGACGCUUCGAUCGUCUCUGUGAGCUGACACGAUGCGAGAAGAUCAGCACGCUUGGAGACUGCUACUACUGCGUGGCUGGUUGUCCUGAGCCACGUGAAGACCAUGCAUACUGCUGUGUGGAGAUGGGCCUGGGAAUGAUACAGGCCAUCGAGCAGUUCUGUCAGGAGACACGUGAGACUGUGGAUAUGCGAGUGGGUGUGCACACAGGGACGGUGCUCUGUGGCAUUCUAGGCAUUAAACGCUUCAAAUUUGAUGUCUGGUCUAAUGACGUCAACUUGGCCAACCUUAUGGAGCAGCUGGGCAUGGCUGGGAAGGUUCACCUGUCUGAGGCAACAGCCAGUUUUCUGGAUGACCGCUACGUAAGGGAGGAUGGGAGGGUGAUGGAACGGGCUGGACAGAGUGUCACAGAGCAGCUGAAAGGUAGGAAUUUUUUAUUUUUGUUUUUAUUAAGUUGCAUAAAAUUAUACAUUAGCACAAAUUAACUUGGUAGUAAAUGUCACAAUAGUUUUGUCACAAAAUUUCACAAAAUUGCUUAAAUUAGUGUUAAUAUAGUUACAUUUUGUACAUUUAUGUAUGGAAAUGUAAAAAUUUUGAUGAAUGGGAUAAUAGCAUCUGCCCAAAAUUCCUGGUAUAUUUUAAAAAUAAUGAAGCUAUAAAUGGGUCUCUAAGAGAUGUCUUUAAAGAACAUUCAAAUUGGUGCUGAGCAGUUAAUCAAAAAAUAAUAAAAACUGACAAUCUGAACCGCUAAUCAAUGAUAUCUUGCGUAUGUGGGUUAUUAACAACUAUCUCUUAUUAAUCACUAAAUUCUGUUUGUUCUUUCUCCAUUGUAUGUACUGUCACUUUCAAUUCAUUUAUGUAAUCACAUGAGACCCUCUGUCAUGGAAGCAAUGUAAAGGAGAACUGGAACAUUGAACCAAUUGAGCAACUGGAAAUAAAGUAAAACGCUAAGUCUGUCAUUCGUUAAAAUAGAUUUUCAUUUAUUGUUAUUGAGGUAAAAUGUUCAGUCAGCUGUGAUACUUAUUUGAGGUCUUUACACUAGUCAGGAUUUCCUAAACCUGUAGCUGUUAUCUUCUUUAAAUGACUGUGAUGUGAUUUGCUUCAAACAGCACCUUUUAAAAUAAUAUGCUUUUGAUAACAGGGUUGUAAGUUUAAGAUGCUAAGUUGCCACCUUGAGCAAUGCCUUUAACCCACUGUUAUCAUUUAGAAACAACUCUGUUCUGGGAGCAUAAGGGGUUAACCCUUUCUUUUUGCCUGGCUUACCAAGCAUAUGCAGAUAUACAGAAAGACGUGUUUGUAGAGUACAGCUUUUGUACUGUUUAAAAUACAUAUAAAAGGCUGUAAAAGUGCAUCAGAUUGACCAAAGCCAUGUAACAAGUGCCAAACCCUAAAACGGUCUGGUGUAUCCUCAGCAUGUGCCGGUUUGUAGUUGUUUGGGCUCGCCCUGCCCUUGGCCUACUCAUCAGCAUACUUGGACAGCGUGAGCGGGUCGUCUUGUAUCCGUGCCCUCUGUGUUUGCAUGCUGCGCUACGAUUUAGCUGUGCAUAUUUGUAUGGAAGCGAUAGCAACUGAUAAGAACAGAAAACAAGCCUCGCUAUCGUGUGGGAGUGUAGUGUACUGAAACGGGGCCCAAUCGAGGGACGGGCCUAAACCUGUGGAGAAAAAGGACAGAUUCUGCCAAACCAAAUUUCUCCUUAGGCCUACUUAAAUAAAUAAGCCGAAAAAUUUAAGGAUAACUCCUGACCGUCUUUUGAGGUUGCCCAGUCUCUGACCCACAUAGUCUUUAGCAGGUUUGACCACUGAUCUUUGCAAAAGGUAAGCAGUUCUGGCUUGCUUUUGGUUAGCAUUAGGGUGCAUUAUUUUUUUAAAGGGAUUCCUUUACUAGAAGAGGUAAAGGAAGGGGGUUCCUCUGCAAACUUGCUACUAGCUCUAUCGUUAGUCCUGAUAGCAUCAUCCAGACACACAGUCUGUCAGAUUGUGUUCACCUUCAGCUUUCUUAGUAUGAUCAUCAGCUAUAUAAAGCUGAGCUUUUGUUUUGAUUUAAUGACCCAAUGACAGACGUGAGUGGAGGCCUGUAUUUCUUGCCAUUGCUAUCUAUCUUCUCGGACUUUUAACUUCUUUUUCUGCUUCCUUCUUCCUUUUGCGCUCUUUAGUUUUGCCAUCCUCGCUCUCCCGUUCACCCUAAACGAACUCUGCAGGUGUUUCUCUUUUCUCUGUGUCCUCUUUUUCUCUCUCCUGUUUCGUCUUUAUCUCUCUGUGAGAACCACCUGUCUCUCGGGGGGGGGG